AUCCUUGUUUUACUAAUCGCUUAUCAGGCUAUCCCAGUACGACUGGAAAAUAUAGAAGAUGCGCCCACGGUUGAACUGUUGUCCAACAUUUUCGGCGAGAACUUAGAAGAAGGCACUUUAAAUGUACAGAAAAGUUUGGAGGAAGAGGAGAUUUCUGAAGAUGUCAGCAGAAAUUCCCAGGAUGAUGGAUUCGAGGAAGUUACAACUAACGAGGACGAAAAGAUAGAAGACAUUGUGGAGAUCGAUGAGAAUAAUAUUUGGAAUAUUAUUAAAAAAAUUAAAGACACAUUAAGGAACUCUAUAGACGAUGUCAAGAGUAAACUGAAUGAGAUUCGCAAAAAGAUAAAUGAAGAGGCGCGGAUAAAUAACGUAGGCGUAGAAAAUUAUGGUAUCAUUGGAGAUAUCUUUGAAAAGGGCAUUAACAUUAAGAACACUAUUGAGAACAAAAUAAAAGAAACUGUGGAAAAUCUUGAGACCGAAAUUAAGAAGAACCUUAAUAAGAUUCUCGAUGAUGGAAAGGGAAUUUGGCAGAAAGGCGUCGACAUAAAGGAAAAGUUGAACACGAAGGUGGAAGAGAUAACGGAAAAUGUGUUGAAAAAUAUUCGAGAUGAGAUGCAGAAGAAUAAAGAACAAUUGGUGGAAGGAAUAAAGAAUAACGCGGAAAAUAUUGUCGGAGAGAUCAAAGUGAGGGUAAAGGAUUUUGUGGGGAAGACGCAGGACAACGUUGAUGAAAUUAAGAGGCAGCUGGAUAAGAAACUGGCGCAAAUUAUAGAGAAUGAUAUCAACAACAUCAAAGAGGAUGCGAAAGAUAUCGCUGGGAAGGCUGAAGGAGAAGUUAAACAACGAGUUGAGGCUCUUAUAGACACUAUAACGGAGAUAAGUAGCCGCACUGUCAAAGACAUUAAGGAAUUCAGUGAAAAACUCCGAGAGAACCUUGACAACGUUAAGGAGAAAAUUAAGGAUGAAGUCAGCGAAAUUCAGAAGGUGACACAAGAGAUUUUCAAAGAAAUAAAAGAACGAACGGCGGACACUGCUUCAAAGCUGAUAAAAGAUAUAGAAAGUGACAUCAACAUGAUCAAAGAGAGUGCGAAAGAUAUCACUGACAAGGUUGGAGGAGAAAUUAAGAAACGAGCUGAAACCAUUAUAAAUGACAUGAUUGAGAUAAGUAACAACAUUUUUACGAAAGCUAAGGAAUUCAAUGAAAAAGUCCGAAAGGACGUUGACGAAAUUACGGAGAAAAUUAAGGGCGAAGUCAGCAAGCAUCAGAAGAAGGCACAAGAGAUUAUCGAAGAAAUAAAGAAACAAACGAUGGAAAUUGCCUCAGAACUGAAAACAAAUAUCGAGAACAAUAUCAACAAGAUCAGAGAGAGUGCGAAAGAUAUCGUUGAAAACGUUGACGGAGAAAUUAAAAAGCAAGUUGAAAAUAUUAGGAAUAAGAUGAUGGAGAUAAGUAGCAAAAUUGUCAGCGAAAUUAAGGAAUUCGAUGAAAAAAUCCGAGAGAACCUUGACAACGUUAAGGAGAAAAUUAAGGGUAAGGUCAACGAAAUUCAGAAGAAGACUCAAGAGAUUAUUGAAAAAAUAAAAAAGCAAAGCACGACAAUAGUGACUGAUGUCUUGGAAAAAACUAAAGAAAACUUCGAUAAAAUGAGAGAGUACUUCACAAACGAAGUCGAGAAAAUUGUUAAGAAUUUGAAAGAACGGACGGUAGAAAUUGGCGAGAAUAUAAAGAACGAGAUACAGAAAAGAAUUAAGAAGGUCCAGGAAAUCGCUGAAGGAGUUAAAGGGAAUUGGAAAGAUACUAUUGGUGAUUUUCUAGAGAUAACGAAAAAUAUUAUUAGUCAAGUUCAAGAGACGGUAAAAAAAGUAAUUGACAGGCUCGGCGAAAGAACUGAGGAGAUUAAAAAGAAAAUUGAAGAGGCGAAUAAGAAGAUUAAGGAACUUCGAGGAAAAGUUAAAGGUAUGGCUGAGGAUGUCAUGGAAAAGACCGGAGAUAUGAUAGAGGAUGCAAAGAAUAGGGCGAAAGAUAUUAUGGGAAAAACAGGAGACAUGAUGGGGAAAGUGACCAAUGAAAUCCAAGGGAAAAUAACGGAAAAUAUAAAGGAAGGUACGAAGAUUGUAGAAAAUGUUGUAGGCGGUAUUCAUGAGAACAUGAACAAGGUGAAAGACGGAGUAAAAGACAACAUCAGAAAUGAUGUAGACAAGAUAACAAAGCGGACGCAAGAUAUUAUCAGCGGCAUAUUUGAAUAAGCAAUGCGUUGGAUUAACUUAAAUACAAUUAAAUUGCAUUGAACAAAAGUGGAAAUGUUCAGAAAACGUCAUAUGUCUCUCUUUGAUUGUCAUGAAAAUUCAAAAUUUCGAAUGAAAUAAAAUAUUAUACAGUCAAAAUUAAUUCGAAUGAACGAAAUUUAUGUAAUAACGUGUAUCAUAUAUGUUCCAGUGAGUUUGAAAGUCAACAAUAUACUCUUUUAUAUAGUCUCUUUAUUUUAUAUUAAAUAAAAUAACAUACUCAUUCGGAAAUCGUAACUAUUAUGAAAUUAAUAUAUAUGAAGAAAAAAAGAAAUAUGCAUUAAUACUAAUUAAUGUACAAUUAACUAUAAUCUUACGUACCUCUCAUAUUGUAAAAAAUUACAAAAAAAAUAAAGAACUUCUUUCUAUGCUGAGA